AAUUGAGUCGUACCAGUUUCUGAAAUCUACAGAGCUUUCAAUUAUUGAAAGAAAUUAUGAAGCUUCCCAAGCUCUGCUUCCUGCAUCAAGCUUUCCCUUUCUUCUUCUUCUUCUUCUUCUUCAUUGUGCGAUCAGCACAAACAUCCACCUCAAGCGUCUUUCGAGAAUACAUAGGAGCCGAAUUUAAGAAUGUGAAGUUCUCUGAUGUUCCUGUGAAUCCAAAUGUCCAGUUUCACUUCAUUCUCUCUUUCGCUAUUGACUAUGAUACCUCUUCUGCUUCUCCUUCUCCCACCAAUGGAAAAUUCAACGUUUUCUGGGACUCUCAGAAUCUUAGCCCCUCCCAAGUUUCUUCCAUCAAAACCCAGCACUCUAAUGUCAAGGUAGCCUUGAGUCUAGGAGGCGAUAGCGUGGGGGGCAAACCAGCCAACUUCAGCCCAUCUUCCAUUGAUUCAUGGGUUUCGAACGCAGUUUCAUCGCUCACAAGCAUAAUCAAACAGUACAACCUCGACGGAAUCGACAUCGACUACGAACACUUCAACUCAGAUCCAAACACCUUCUCUGAAUGCAUCGGACGCUUAAUCAAAACCUUAAAAGCCAACGGGGUCGUCAAGUUCGCCUCCAUCGCUCCGUUCGACGAUCCCCAAGUUCAGAACCAUUACUUGGCGUUAUGGAAAAAGUAUGGGAACAUCAUAGACUACGUCAACUUUCAAUUCUACGCGUACGCGAAAGGCACGAGUGUGUCUCAGUUCCUUAAUUACUUUGAUACACAGAGCAAGAAUUAUGGAGGAGGGAAGGUGUUGGUGAGUUUUAUAACUGAUGGAAGUGAUAAAGGGUUGAGUCCUGGAGGUGGAUUCUUCACGGCGUGCCAAAGGCUCAAGAGUGAAAACAAGCUUCAUGGGAUUUUUGUUUGGUCUGCUGAUGACUCAAAGGCCAGUGGGUUUCCCUAUGAGAAGCAAUCACAAGCUCUCUUAGCUUCUGCCAAGUAAGGGUUCAAUUGUGUUUAUGGCGUCUUUAGUUGUUAUAUACAUGUGCUUCUACUGCACUUGCUCUUUAAUUUGGAUGUAGUAAUGCGUACGCCUAAACCUCGGUGGUUGGUUUGACUGCACAUGCAUUAAUAUUUAUAAAAUAAAGAUGUAUUUUUGUCCUUCA